AUGGGGAUGACUUGCCUGGUGGAUAUGGGCAAGCGAAGGUCGAUCGGAGCAAAUAUUGUAAUUGUAGAUGACCCCCAACUGGCGUGUCGUGCGAAGAUGGAGAGUUAUCUUGUACAACACCAUACUGCCAGGGUUCCUCGGCCGACCUUCAAGGAAGACUGUCAAACAUGUUUCGUCACCCUUCUCUCACCUGGUCCCGAUAAUCGAAGUGGAAUGGGCCAUCAAAUGAUAGCCCGACAGCCGACCAACAUCAACUAUGGUUCACCUCAGCUCCAGACGAGCCUCUCUCAACCUAUGUUGAGGAAGAUGUUGCUGUUAUGCUUCACCUCUCUCAUAAUGGCCGAGGUGACUUUGGUGGCAGGAAUGGAAGGCAUCAAAGCGGGGGCUAAAUUCUCGACUUCCGACCUGAAACCCGAGCAUACCGCGAGCUACGAUGUCAAGGCUGGCAAAGCCCAAGAAGAAGAUCAUGGGGUCCAGCGAGCAAGGGGAAUGAGAAAGUCGGCUAUGCCUACCCGUACUAUGCACCAAGCCCGCCAAUCCCAGUCUACCAGCCUGAACCAAAGUCCAGCCUCGGUCGCUUGGCCAGCAAGCUCAAGAAUUAUUACUUUUCAUUCAAAAUGGAAUUCGAAAGGUUUUGCAGCUUCAAGUGACCAUCACAAUAACUACCCGCCACCAGUAUUCUAUCCAAUAUAUCAACCGCAACCACCCUUUCAUCCACAUUACCAUCACGCACAAUUCCCCGAACCAGCCUGGGGAGAGCCCCUCCACUCCAACAUUCAUCAUCACGCAGGACAAGAGAAUGAGGUUUUCAGUCCAUCGGACUCCUCAGUUCAGUCGUCAGACCGAAAGAUCAAGGAGGUCGUGGAGAAACUGCGUGGGACGAAGGUAACAGCUAAGAUCACAAGCAAGAACUAUUGGACUCCAGUGGAGCAUCUCCCAGAGCAUUACCGAACGACGGAUUACAUCAAAGAAAAAAACGGGUUGUUCAGAGCACUUGCACACUUUGCAUACCAGGAUCAAGAGCAGUAUUGGCGUGUCCGGGAUGAAUUGAUUGCCUAUAUAGCCAAACACCCGGGCCAGUUUGAGAAAUAUCUCACAAAGAAGGGGGAACAUGAUUCGAUCGAAGUGGAUGAUCAUCUGUAUCGACUGUCGAACGGCGAAUCGAUCGAUGGGGCUGAACUGGCGGCCUUCUCAGAACUCUAUAAGCUCAAUCUGGUCGUCGUUUCCAAGAAAGGUGAUUCGCUCGCUGCCCACCAACAGGUUGUGGACCCAUCGAACAACGAAUUCAGUGGAGUCAUCUUACAAGACGGUCACUAUCAACUCUUGACUCACUCAAAAAAUCCUACCAUCAAAAUCAAGUCAUGAAUACUGGAUGACUUCCCGUCAACAUCUGCGGGUCUCCCAGUUUCAAUUUAGAGCCUCGAAAGCUAGAUUUUCCUGCG